GGGUUCCUCGGGGGCUUUUAGGGUUCUUGUGUGGUUUGUGUGGCCGGCCCUAGAUAGCGGCGCUUGCGCGGAGGCUGGAGGAGGCGCCGCGAUGUUGAUCUCCAAGAAGAAUCGCGUGGAGGUGUACAAGUACCUGUUCAAAGAGGGCGUCCUCUACGCCAAGAAGGACUACAAUCUCCCCAAGCACCCGGAGAUCGAUGUCCCCAAUCUCCAGGUGAUCAAGCUCAUGCAGAGCUUCAAGUCCAAGGAGUAUGUCAAGGAAUCGUUCGCGUGGACGUACUACUACUGGUACCUCACCAACGAUGGCAUCGAGUACUUGCGGACGUUUUUGAAUCUCCCGUCGGAGAUUGUGCCCGCGACGCUCAAGAAAUCCGCGAGGCCACCUGGGCGUCCCAUGCCCCAGCAGCCCCCGAGGGGUCCUCCACGAUACGAGGGCGACCGGCCGAGGUUUGGCGAUCGUGAGGGCUACAGAAGCGGCCCUCGAGGAGGAGGAUUCGGGGACAAGGGAGGAGUUCCACCAGAAUUCCAACCUUCUUUCAGGGGGCCGAGAACUGGGUUUGGACGCGGUGGUGGUGGCUUCGGAGGGCCCAGUGCUCCUGGUGCUCUUGCGGAGUAGAGAGUUUGGUUUUUGUUGUGAAUGCGCGAGCCUAUAUCACUAAUUUGAAGUGGAACUUUUCUCUCUUUUGUGAAAUUUAAAGAACAUAGAUUGCGGCGA